AUGAUCCCCGAUGACGAGGAGGAGUCAUCAACUCUGCACGAGGCCAGGCAGACCGACUGGCGGAUCUAUUUGAGCCUGCUUUUUGGCUCGCUCUGCGUGGUGGCCAUUCUGUCGCUGGGGGCUGCGACCAGGCCCAAGUGGCAAGAUCUGGAUGCUGGCCUGCUGUCGCGCUGGACUCGCACCCGGCACUGGCGGGCCCGCUACGCCGCGCUGCUGCACCCCGAAGAAAAGGCACCUUCCACACCGGCGGCCAGCCGUGACCAACAACCCUCAGCGGCAGGUCGCGCUUCUGCUGCUGCGAAAGCCGCAUCAGCAGCAGCGGCAGCAGCCAGGGCAGCUGCAAGCGCCACGGCAAGACCCAAGGCAGCAGCAGCAGCCGAGGCGGCAGCCAACCAGCCAAGCGCCAGGCCCGCAGCCACAAAGCCAGCGGAAGCGGCAGCGGUAGCGGCUGACCAGCGCAGCGACGCGCCCUGGCAGGACCUGCUGCGCCUACCCUGGCAGCCGCUGCUGCGGCAGCAGGACGUGCAGCGCGGGCUGAGCUACUACGGCACCGGCAGCCGCAUGCGGCGGCUGGCCACCAAGCUGCUGGCGGGGCGGCCCAUCAAAGCCUACACGCUGGGCGGCAGCGUGACGGCGGGCCAGGGCGCCAGCCGCCCCGCCGCCAACUUCGUCAGCCGCUUCUUUCAGUUCAUCAACGCCACAUUCCCACACAGCCGCCACGAGCUCACCAACCGUGGCGUGGGCGCCACCAGCUCCAGCAUCUUUGCCAUCUGCGUGGACCGCUUCGAUGCCGACCUGGUGGUGGUGGACUUCACGGUGAACGAACCCGAGGAUGCAGAGUAUGCCAGCGCCGAGCGGCGAGGCUACGAGCAGCUGCUGCGCCGCCUGCUGCAGCUGCCCGGCAGCCCUGCCGUCAUCCAGCUGCACCACUACCGCUGGUGGCACAUGGAUGAGGACCGCAGCAUCCAUGGCGGCGUGUUCUUCACCCCGCCGGCAGAGGCGCAGCUGCAGUACUACGACCUGCCAGCCGUCUCGACCGACAGAGUCUUCAACACCGGUUACCUGCCGCGCCUGCGGGGCCGCCUGCCACUGGGCGACCCGCGCCACAUUGCCGACUAUUUUUACUGGGACAAGUCCCACCCCACCGACACCGGGCACAAGGCGCUGGCAGAGCUGCUGGCCUCUGUGGUGCUGCGGGCGGCGAUGGAGGCCUCGGCGCCGCGCACCGCGGCGGCGGCCGCCGGCCUCGGUGCCUGGGAGCGCGGCAGCCGGCUGGGUGCCCAGGACGGCGGGCUGCUGCUGCCCCCGGCCAUGAUCCCGGGCAACAGCGACGCCGCCACCUCGCUCUGCGCCCUCCAGGAGGACUUCAAGCCCGUGGUGGCUGCCUCCUCCGGCUUCCGCUACCGGCCCGAGCGCCCCGACGCGCCCAGCCUUGUGGCGCAGAAGUGGGCUUGGACCAGCAGCGAGCCUGGCUCCUGGGUGGAGCUUGAGUUUGACAGCCGCAAGUACGGCAGCAGCGGGCUGGGAGGCUGGAACAGCAGCGCCAGCACUGCAGCGGAUGCUGCCAAUGGCGAGGAGGGGAACGGAGCGGGGGAGGGGAAGGAGGGCCCCACCGCGUACAUCGUGUACCUGCGCAGCUAUGCCGGCGGCAUGGGCACCGCCGAUGUGUCCUGCGCCUCGGGCUGCACCUGCCAGCGCACCCGCAUUGACGGCACCUGGCAGGAGCUGGCCUCGCUGCAGGAGAUGCACCGCUUCAAGGUGUCGCAGCAUGCGCGGUGCCGCAUCCGAGUGCAGGUCAGCAGCCGCCCUGGCGAGGCGCCGCAGGAGGGGCACAAGGUGUCCCUGAUGGGCCUGCUGGUCAGCCACUUCCCGCUGCGGCGCACGACGAGCAUGGAGCAGCUGCAGAGGGAGGAGGGCUGA